ACUAUACUUCACAUUAUAUCACUGAAUUCUUCAACCUAUCAAGAUUCAUCUUUGAAGAAAAUAUGCUACAAAACAUCCCAACUUGUGCUCACAUAUUCACUUCCAAUAUUCACCAUCCCACAAAUAUCAGUGCUGCUACUACUUCACUUUUGCCCAAAACUCUUUUUCCUCCAUCUGGGUUUGGUAGAAAAAUCAACACGGGCUGCUUUUCAUCAGGUUGUGUUGAUGCAACAACUAAUGGGGUUGGAAGAUCAUCAAGCAUCAAAAGCUCAUUGAUUGAGGCACCUGUUUUGUGGGCUGGAAGAGUGUGUAUCUUUUAUGCACUGUUGAAAACUGGUUUGGCUGGAUCCCCUUCUAAUCCACUUGCCUCCACCACAGAACUGCAAAGUGAUGGUGAUGAUUUGGGUUUUGCCAAGUGGUUUGAAGAGUUCAAACGCAAUCCAGAGAAAGAAGCAUCGGACAAAAGGAAGUUGGUUAGCAAAUGGCACCCGACAACAAAAGGUACUCUAAGGCGAAACUACAGGAUCCCUUCAAAAUCCGAAGGGCGGCGUCUUCUCAAAGCCAUAGCUUCCUUACUUUCAGACGAUGAUCACUUCAGAGAUGCCACCUCCCACAAGGGUUGUCAAAUUAGAAGGGAGAGUGCUCAUGGAGAAACCGUAUGCUGCAACAAUGUAAGGGCUUUGUUUGAUGAGCUCCCGACGCCACAUUUGGUUGUUGAGAUUACUCCUUUUCCUGCUGGCCCGCUAACAGAAAGUGAUUAUGCCAGGGCUGAAAAGCUGGAGAAAGUUCUUAGAUCAGGUCCUUCUGUAUGAUCAGCCAUCUUGUAUUUUAUGCUAGGGAUGAAAACUUAGAGAAAGUUAGAUCGGCUAUCCAGUUCUUUUGUAUGAUCGAUCAUGUGCUAUCUCAUGUAACAAACCAAUAUCUUGUACAUAUACAUGAUCUUUUAAGCACCGAAAAUUUCCAUCAGACGCAAAUUAAAAAUUGCAUAUGUUGAUUA